UCUCUCUCUCUCUCUCUAUGUAUAUAUAGAUACCGACCUUGUGAGAUCAGCUAAGCUAGCUAGCUCUUUAUUUCCCUUUUUCACCUUUAGCGUUAUUUAUUCCACCAGAUCUAACAUCUAAACCCAGCUGCUUAUAUACAUAUUUUUCCAUUGUCCCCAAAAUCUCUCUUGAUGAAUAUCACAGGACCCCAUCAACAACAUCCACUCCCACAUCUCUCUACCCCAUGCAUGAAACCAUUCAAUUGAGUAUCUUUGCCUCUGCAAAAAGAAACUGAACAACCCCCCACACCCCCUCUCUCUUUCUCUCUCUGUCUCCAUGAUGUCCCCGAAUACUCUUCAGGGAAAGCAAGCCACCAAAGAAGAGAACCAAAGCUCCGGUAACCGGAAAACUGCAUCAACAAGGCCACAAGAGCAGGCGAUGAAGUGUCCAAGAUGCGACUCGCCCAACACAAAAUUCUGCUACUACAACAAUUAUAGUCUAACACAGCCCAGGCAUUUUUGCAAGACUUGUAGAAGGUACUGGACUAAAGGAGGAGCCCUACGCAACGUUCCCAUCGGCGGUGGCUGCAGGAAAAACAAGAAGAUGAAAUCAUCUUCUAGGCUUUCUGGUGAUUCCAAGGACUCCAGCGGAUCCUCAGAGAUCGGUGGAUUUAAGUUCUUUCAUGGUCUUUCUCCAGCCAUGGAUUUUAAUCUAGGUGGCUUAUCAUUUCCUAGGCUAAACCCUUCUCCAGGUGGCCUAUAUAAUCAGUUCUCUUCAUUUGGGGAUAUUUCUGCCACCUCUACAGGUGCUGUUAGUGUUACCAGUCCUUGUUUCAGCCUUGAUCCAUCUGGGAGCUCCACUGGUUCAUUGAUGGGAUUCAAUUAUCCACUUUCUUCAGUUGCAGCUGGGUUUAGCGGUGCAAUUCACCAGGAUGUGGGUGGUAGUUCGAUGAGUGUUCACACUAGUCUUGCAUCUUCAAUUGAGUCUUUGAGUUCUAUAAACCAAGAUUUGCACUGGAAAUUGCAGCAGCAAAGAUUGGUUAUGCUUUUUGGAGGAGAAGAUCAGAAAGAUAGCAUUGUUUCUUCAGUUCCUAUCGAAAGCCAGGCACAGAAGCCUCAACCCAUUUUGUUUCAAAAUCUUGAAAUUUCAAAACCUGAAACAAGUGGUGUUGGUAAUUCAAGAAGAGAAGGUGGAAGUGGGGGUGAUACAGCGACGGAGUGGUUCUUUGGGAAUUCUUUCGGGCAAGUGAUUCCAACCCCAGCCAAUAGUAACAACAAUUGCAACGAUAACACAGCAGCUGCCAACUGGAAUGGGGGUCAAGUGUGGGGUGAUUUGCAUCAAUAUAACGGUUUGCCCUAGACCCGAAGCAUCAUCAUGAGGUAGACCCUUAAUGAAAAGGGAAAAAUUAUAUAGAAAUGAAAAUAUUAUCUAAACCCAUUUUAGGUACAUGUUUCUUCUUAAUUGCUUUUGUUGGGCGCAGAUCAACUUGUAAAAGUUGGGAAAAAGGAGAAAGUAAUUUUUUGUUUUUGUAUUAUGUUUUAGUAAGACGUUAAACAAUUAAAUAGCAUUUUAGUUCUUGUUCU